GAUACACCGGUUCUGGCUAGCAGGAAAGCCGACCUACGCAAUCUUGAACACCAUGGCCAUCAUAGCUGGCUCCUUCUCUUCCGUGGUGAAUGGCGUGCACGACUUUUCCCGAGAAAGCCUACUGCUGACAGUGAUGAUCUUUUUGCAGCUAACGCCUUUGGCGAUUACGGUGCAAUCUUUCGGUCUCUUCAUCGCAGCUGUGGAUUCCAGCGGGACCGACCCCAGGUACAAGUCAUUGGAGGGCUACUUGCGCGAUGAGGGCUGCGAGAGGCUCUUAGCCCGUGCGAUUGUGGGUGAGGCUUUCACUGAGGCCUUACUCAGCACUUUUUUGCAGUCCUACGCCCUCCUGCAGCACACGAUUAGCUGGAACCGACUCACCAUUGUCUCCCUUGCCUUUAGCAUUGGCUCUAUCUCCAAGUCUUUUGCCAAGUUGGACAAGCAUGGUCAUGUAUCCCGCGAUAUUGAUGGACAAGCCAUUGUGGUUGGGCUGGCUGAUUGGUCAUCACUUCCGUUCAUCUUGGUAGUCGUGUACCGGUUAACGGAGGUCAUUAGCCAGGUUCUCUUCUUCCCGUUGUUUCAGAUGAUCCGGGACAGCCAUGGGAUUUUCUUCGGCAAGAGAUGCAGUGGUGUGCUGCUAUGGCUUCUGGACGUGCUGGUGCAAGCAGCUCUCGUCCGUUACAGCACAGGCAACAAUAAGAAGCUGCAUUUCGCGGUGCCCAACACCAUUGGCGCCUUUGAACCUAUGUUGCUAGCAGGAGUGGGCUUCUCAAAAUACAAAUAUAGGGGUUUCCCAAAAUUAGGGGUACCAUUUUAG